CUCAUUUGUCACGAACAGAGCGCCCAGGAAAUGUGGACAGCUUUUGUGGACAAGCAGACCAAGAGAGAAUACGCGAACUAUAUCUUCGCUCGACAGCGACUAGUGGCGAACCCAUUUACUCCUGAUCGAAGUAUGGAUGACUGGUUACGAGAGAUG